GUCAGCCGUGCCCAACGGCACGUGUUCCUCCUCAAUCGCCACAGCAUCGACGAGAAAACCUUGGCGCGCUUCGACCACCUGAACAGCAAGGAGUGCAAGAUCCCAGGCAAGUCCAAGGAGAUCAACAGCAUCAUCAACAGCUACGUCUCUCGUUCGAGCGAUUGGAAAGCUGGUCUGACAGUCAAGGACCGCAGCAUCCAGAAG